AUAAUUAUUUGCAAUGACACAAACGCCAUUUUCUCAGAUAAAUAAAUGCAAAUAUAAACCCCGUCUCAUUUUAAAACCUCAUUCUGUUGUACAAGUAACUUUUCAGGGAUUUUGUGACAGGUACUCAAGAAUUCAGUAGUGAUGACAAUGUUCUCCGUGGCCGUUGCAUCCCUUGCUAUACUCUUUACUACAGAAGCUCAGUCCUCUGUUGCAGCAAACACUGGUUGUCUGUAUUUUGAUAUUACAACCAUGUUUUCGGACUGCCUACGGAACCAAACGGAUGGUAACAAUUUAGACGAGCUUUUGCAAGAGAUAUUGAAUAGCGCAGAGGUUAAUGAAGAACAAUUUUUGAACAAACUUACAUCACUUUGCAGCAAUGAAUCCGUCAUUGACAGUUAUACAAUGUGUGCUGACAGAAGCACCGCUGACUGUCCCCAGCUUGCCUUUGUUGUAGCCAACACUGUAAACGAAGACGUAGCAGUCUUUUGUGAAAACGGAGCUCCAUCUGAAUGGCUCAGCACUGUUUUGCAGAAUGAAUACAAGUAUACUAACCAAUGCAUCCGUUAUGGAGAUGGAAUUGGUAUGAUCGGAGUGGCACGACAGUGUUUGGAUGACGCCGACUUUCCGUACAACUUUUCAAACAUGACAGUCAUCUCCGCCUUUUUAGCUAUCCAGAGGAAAGUCUCGCAAUGGGUCCAGUGCAUGGUAAAUAGAGCACCUUCUCUUCCGGACGAAGAUGGCGAUGGGGUUUUGGAAUGUGGGUCCACCUGGCAAGACUUAGUGUUAACACUUGCACUGAGAGUGUCUGCUUUUGAUCCGUUAGGUGUCAAAAUUGGUCCUCAAGAAAUUUUCAAGCUAAAGGCUAUCAAAACUGGUCUAGCCUUAAAGAAGUGACUUCGAUGGAAAGUGUUUAUAUAGUAAACCUUAUGACAACCACUGCAAAAUCUAGUAAAUAAAAGGCGUUAAUGUACUGACCAGAAAAUGUAAACAUAAAUGAUAUCAUGUUUGAAAAAUAAACAAAAAACGGCA